GGUGCCGGUACCUGGUGCGGGUCCGGGUCCGGUGCCGCGGGGGGAUGACGCUUUUCGGCAGCAGGGACGCGGGCUGGAGAUAUCUGGACAUGGCCAGAGAGCCCAAGCUGAGCCGGGCCAGGCUGGGCCAGAAGCGGCAGCAUGGCAGCAGCCUGUACCACAGUAACUGUGACCUCGAUUACGAUUUCUGCAGAGAUGAAUUCCCACACCGGGUGUAUGAGUACCAGAAGAUCCCUCCCCUCAUUAACCGCAUCCCAGUCAAGACCAGACGAGCUCACAUGGGAACAGGGGGAAAAAGCAGCCCAAGUGCACAGCCCAAGGCCAGGAGCAGCACCAGCUCCACGGUGGAACGGACGAAGCUGCACGCUGAGGAGCUGCAUUCCAUCAAGGGGGAGCUGUGCCAGAUCAAGGCGCAGGUGGACAGUCUGCUGGAGAGCGUGGAUCGCAUGGACCAGCGGAGAGAGCGCCUGGCAGGGUCCAAGGAGAGUGAGAGGAAGAGGUUAGGGACAGGAGCAGAGUCACCAUCCCCAGUGGAAGAGCGGUCACAGGGACAGGAGGGGAGGGGAGCUGAUGGGCACAGUGACCUGCACAGCAUCGACAGCACAGAGGAGAGCACAGACACAGAGGAGAUGGGUGCUGUGAGCUGCAGAGAAAGCACCCCAGGGGUCCCAACCCCUAUGGCACAGGUCGCAUCCUGCCUGCCCACCAAGGCAAGCCCACCCUGCAGAUCCAUGCCAGGAAUUGGUUCAGCAGGCACAGGUACAGUUCAAGAAGGAGCCCCUGCAUCCCACUGUGGGACCACCCGCAGACCCCUCUAG